UGAAGGCCCAGUUUGGGAGGUGCAGCUUGGCCAGGGUACUUUAGGCAGUGGAUGUUUUGGGGGCACAGAGAAAGCAGAAAGGUCUGCAUCAAGAGACAACACAAGAGGUGAAAGAGGGACAAGCAAGGGGGAAAUAUUGUCUCUGGGCAAGUCAUUGCUGAAUAUCAAGGUCCUGCGGGUGUGCAGACUCUUGUGCACUGAGCUUAAGGGCUCCAGAUCAAGACUUUCAUCUCCUCGUCUCCUUAUCUCCAAGUUUCCUCUCCGUCCUCCUGAUUGUGACCCCUGUCCUAUCUGUGAAAGAUGGAAAGGUCAACACAGGAGCUCUUUCUGAACUUUAUGAUCGUCCUGAUCACGGUGCUGCUCAUGUGGCUGCUUGUCAAGAGCUACCAGGACGCCUGAGCCAGAAUUGAAAUGAGCGUCUGGCAGGCUCAGUGCUUCACCUGGUUUGUGAUGUUGAAGCUGGAAAGAGAGCAUACAGUGCAGCCUGACCAGCAGAUGGCAGUGUUUGAGUUGGAAACAAGAAAGAGAAGGCCUUUUUCUGACCUCUCAAGAAAUGAAGAGAUGGGCCUUGAAAUGUAGUGGCUGAGUUCUGUAAAAUAGAGAUUAAUUACAUGGAUCUUAGCUUCAUUUUCUUAAGCUUUGGUAUACUUGUUUACAGCUUAGGCACCUCUAACAGUGGCCAUUUUCACAGCUCCAAUUGAUUGACAUGUCAACGUGUGUGCUGAAGCAUAAGUGAAAUAAAAUGAAAGAGAGAAAUGAA